AUGUUACGUCGAGUCGGUAUCCGCUUCCAACUGACAACAUCAAGGCCAUCUCUUGAUUCAAUUCUACCGAAAAAAAAGACGAUCAACAGACUUCUCUUUGACAAUGACUCAAGGCUCGCUUAUAAGAAGGCGAUGCCCAUCUUGAACACAGUAUACGCUAACUUGGACUCGCCACAAGAUAUCAGAUUGCCAAGUCAUGCCAAGCAUGAUGACCUUAUGAUGCUUCGUUCGAUUUUACAUGAUUUGCGUAGUGUCACGAAUUCUAUUAACAAAAAUCUUGUCGAUUUAGAAAAUGAACUUGUCGAACAAGCUGCUGAAUUGGGCAACAAUGAUGCCAUAGCCAUGUUAGCUUUUGAAGCCGUAGCAUCCAAAGAUACCUCGAAAGAGGACCAUGCUCAUGCCAAUAAACUCAUACGGCAGCUCACAGAGCAGAAACACCCUUUGGUGUUUAAGCUCGCAGGCGAUUUUGCAUUCUCCAAGUCAUACCAUGAACAGGCCGCACAAUACUGGCAACAAUUUUUAGAGCUAGAGGAUGAUACCAUUUUGGCAAGCCAUGUGCACUCCAAUUUAGGAAUUUAUUACUAUCACUACAUGAACCCUCGUCCCAACUUAGGCGAGGCCAAAUUAUGCUUCGAAAAGGCGAUACGCUUUGGUCAACUCGACUCGCAUAUAGUUAAGGCACACUACUACUUGGGCCAGCUUUACUCCAUCACUGAUCCAGUCUUAUCAAGGUAUCACUUGGAAAUAAGUGCAACCAAGGGGCUACAAGAAAGUCUUCCUUCGUUGGGCUUCAUGGAACUCAACGUCUUCAAUAACGUAUCUAAAGCUUUGGAAUGGUUCAAGUUAGGCGUCGAGGCAAACAGUGACAUUUCAUGCUUGAUUGGCCAGUUUGACGCUCAUUCCAGAGCCGGAAGUAAUGGCAAGGCUAUCAAAAUUCUCGCAAACUUGCGUGGCCUUAAAGAAAAAUUAGAUAAAAUUCUUGCAAAAGGCAUAAACCAUGUUCCCGCAUCCUACCGCGAAUUAGCUGCCAGUAACCAAGUCUUGUUGAAUACUUUUUUUGCAACGAGAUCAGAUGCUAUUAAAAAUUUACAAUAG